AUUCUUCACACCAAUGAGAACUGUAAUGUUUGAGAUAAAAAUAUUGAGAGUGUGUUCGGUAAAAUGAAAUGCAGUCGUGGACGAAAAGAGAAUUUAAUAAAGAUUGAUUCGAGCUUGAGCCGUGAUCAAGAGCGGAGGCAAAUUUACAGUCUGUCUAGAUCCAAUUAAGUGAUUAUUAGGAGAAUUUAACAGUGACGACGAGAAAGUGAAACGAAUCCACGCAUAGUUUCAAGCUCAAACGGAAUAUUCCAGGGUGAGCUACGGUAAGUAAACUGUAGAGCAGAUGUUGAGUCAGACAGUGCACUUGUAAGCAGUAUUUGCUAGAGUAUCUGUUAGGCAUACCUGUGACUAUAGAAUUCAUAGCGAAAAAGACCUUGCGUUUCCAGAAAUAGCGUUUCUGGUGACGUAAAUUUGAUAGCAUAUUGAAAUUGUGAAACUAAUCUUUGUUUCAGGAUCUUUUGUCCUACUAUAACGUGUAUUAUAAUCUCCAUCUUGAUUUUUUUUCUACAGUCAUCAUCAUCGCUCGAUCGACAUUUUCUUCUUUCGUUGCUUCGGGGCCUAGGAGCGCCAUACUCAAGAGAGUAGCCCACGAAGGAGAUUCCGUGACGCACAGCAGUGAGAAGUCUCCGUACGAAGCGAUCCCGAGUACGGUUGAGUGAGGACCCCGUUGAGAAUCUACAGCGAGUGAGAGUCUAGGUCAAACGACAACCGAAAGCGGCGUAGUGAACAAGUCCUAGAGGUGUGAAGUGCAUGCCGAAUUGAGCAAGGUGCAUGAUUACUUGUGUCGGUUAGAACAAACGAGAGCGAACGUUCGAUCGAACGGAGUGUAGGUGCUACCUCCAGUGCGAAGUGGGAAACGAGAUCGAAGAUAGCUACUGAGUCAGCAGAGAGUAAAAAGCCGACGGUGCAACCUUCGACUGGUGGUGAGAACAUAGCCUGGUGGUGAGCGGUGAGCCUGGUGGUGAGCGGUGAGCCUGGUGGUGAGCGGUGAGCCUGGUGGUGAGGAGUGAACCUUGGUGGUGAGACCGAGCAGCGAGUUGCAUCGUUGUCAAAAGAGUUGCAUCCGCAAAAAUUGAGUGAGUGAGCAGCAUCUAACGUAAGUAAACAUCUUUUAUCCUUUUAUUGGUAGCUUACAGUGAGUGCAUUUGUGCAUACAGGUCGGUUCAAAAUGUCGGUACCAGGUAUGAUCGGAACUAUCGAUAACUUUCAUGCGGGUAAAUCGUUUAGCAAUUAUGUAGAGCGCUUCGAAAUUAUGUGUAAUUUGAAUAAAGUCAAACCGGAGGAGAAGAAACAGUGGUUUAUUUCACUAAGCGGUGAUGAUGUUUUUGAUGAGAUUAAAUUGCUAUUUCCUAAGAAAAAUGUUAACGAUUUGGACUAUGAUGAAAUGAUUAAGAAGCUCAGGAGUCGGUUUGAUAAAACCGAGCCUGCUCUCAUGCACAGAUACAAGUUUUAUAACAAAUAUCAAGGACACACGGAAAGUGCGGAGAAUUUCGUUGUUGCCGUAAAAUUACUAGCAGAGAGUUGUAACUUUAAAGAAUUCAAAGACGAAGCAGUGAGAGAUAGGCUUAUCAUAGGUCUUCGCGACAAGAAAUUGCAACGUAAAAUUCUUAUGGAAGAUGAGAUUACGGUUGAUGCAGUAGAAAAACUGAUUAUAACUCAUGAAGAAGCAGGCGAAAGAACAAAAGAAAUAGUAGACCCAAACGACGCGGGGGCGAUUUUAUCUGUAAAGCACCGGCUAGGUCAAAAGCAAGAGGAUUAUAAUAGCAGGAGAUCCAGUAGGUUCCGUUCUAGGAGCAGAAGUGGAGAUCGCUCCGGUACUCGCUCCAGAAGUAGAGAUAAUAGUAAUUUUUAUCGUGGCGGACGUAGUCGUGAGUGGAACGGACAUAGCAAAGCCGUAUGUAAUCAUUGCAAGCGUGUAGGACAUAUCAAGAAAAAUUGUUGGUUCCUGAACAAAACUGCAGUUAAAUUUGUGCAACAAGAAGAAGAAGAAGUAGUGGUAGAAUCAGUACCGUUUGACAAGUUCAAUAGAAUCCGUAUCGAUGAGACCAGUGAUAACUCAGAUAUAGAAUGUUUAAAAAUUGGAGCCAUUAACCAUAUUAGUGAGCCAUGUCUGGUGAAAGCCGAAGUUCAAGGUCAGGAGAUAGUACUGGAAAUCGAUACAGGUUCUGCGGUAACAGUGAUUAGCGAAAUGCUGUAUAGAAAGUUAUUCCAUUCUUUACCUACGACUCAGUGUAACAAGAGAUUAAUAGUGGUUAACGGAUCAAGGCUAACAGUUUCGGGUCAACUACAUGUAGAAGUUCGAUUGAAUGGUCUACGAAGCUCUAAGAAGGUGAUUAUUUUGAGAAGCAGCAAGGAUUUUACACCACUAUUAGGACGAGAUUGGUUGGAAACUUUCUACCCAGAAUGGAAAACACAGUUUCUGAAUCCUGCAAUCAUCAACCAUCUUGGAAUUGACAGAUUACGUGAAAAUGCAAUAGGUAAUAUUCAACAAAAAUUCAUAAAAGUAUUUAGUAAAGAUUUUUCUGAGCCUAUUGUGGGAUUCAAAGCUGAUUUAACUCUCAAAUCAGAUCAACCGAUUUUCAAACGGGCUUACCAAGUUCCGUACAAGCUGAAAGAAAAAUUUUUGACCCAUUUAGACAUGCUUGAAAAACAAUGCGUAAUAAGUCCCGCCAAAGCCAGUGAGUGGGCUUCGCCGGUGAUUGCAAUUUUGAAGAAAGAUGGAGAAAUUCGCAUGGUUAUAGAUUGCAAAGUUUCAUUGAAUAAAGUCAUUAUCCCAGACACUUAUCCUUUACCGCUCGCGCAGGAUAUUUUCGCUUCAUUGGCGGGGUGUAAGGUAUUCUGUUCACUGGAUUUAACUGGAGCAUAUACACAACUAGAGCUUACAGAACGUUCAAAAAAAUUCGUAGUAAUCAACACUGUGAAAGGUCUCUACACUUUUAAUCGCUUACCACAAGGAGCGUCCUCCAGCGCUGCCUUGUUUCAACAGGUCAUGGAUCAGGUCUUGGAAGGACUUGACGGAGUAUGUUGUUAUUUGGAUGACGUCCUAAUUGCUGGGAAGACAUUUAAGGAAUGCUAUGACAAGUUGGUUCAAGUUCUAGAAAGGCUUGCCAAUGCAAAUGUACGCGUUAAUUUUAAAAAGUGUAAAUUUUUCGUCGAAUCCUUAGCAUAUUUAGGUCAUUUAGUAACGAAGGAUGGUUUAUUACCCUCUCCUGAAAAAAUAUCAACGAUUGAAAGAGCUAAAACACCCCAGAAUGAGACUGAACUUAAAGCAUAUUUGGGGCUCAUUAAUUACUACAAUAAAUUCAUACCAAAUAUGGCCACAAAAUUAAGAUGCCUAUACAAUCUUUUGAAAAAGGAUCAAAAAUACAUUUGGACCAAAGAAUGUGAAGAAUCUUUUCAACAAAGCAAAAACAGUUUAGUGUCUGCCAACAUACUCGAUUUUUAUGAUCCGACUAAACCAUUAGUAGUAGUUACAGAUGCCUCUUCGUAUGGCUUAGAAGGCGUUUUGGCACAAAUUGCAGAUGGAACUGAAAAACCUAUCUGUUUUACCUCAUUCUCCUUAAACAAUGCACAGAAAAAGUACCCAGUACUGCAUCUAGAAGCUUUGGCACUUGUUUGCGUUAUCAAAAAGUUCCACAAGUUUCUGUUCGGUCAAAAGUUUAAAGUAUAUACUGAUCACAAGCCUCUUAUAGGAAUUUUCGGGAAAGAGGGCAAGCAAUCGGUUUAUGUCACUAGAUUGCAAAGGUACAUAAUGGAGCUUUCUAUUUACAAUUUUGAGAUUGAAUACAGGCCAGGAUCUAAGAUGGGAAAUGCAGAUUUCUGCAGCCGCUUCCCACUGGAUCAGAAAAUUCCUAGAAGCAUAGAUCAAGAGGUAAUAAACAGCUUGAAUUUUUCUAAUGAAUUUCCAAUUGACUUUGCAUUGAUUUCCCAAGAAAUCAAAGCUGAUAAGUUACUAACUGAAAUUUUUAAAUUUGUCUCAACCGAUUGGCCGAAAAAUUUACCUAUGCAAUUCAAGAAUUUUUACGCAGUGAGAGAAAAGUUGGAAAUUAUUGAUGGUAUUCUUAUGAUUGAGGACAGAGUAGUGAUACCAGAAAAGUUGAAGAACGACAUACUUAAAUUGUUGCACAGUAACCACAGUGGUCUAGUAAAAAUGAAACAGCUAGCAAGAAGAUCAGUAUACUGGCCAGGACUUAAUGCGGAUAUUGAGGAUUUUGUUAAAUGUUGUAAAUCAUGUGCAAAAAUGACAUUGAUUCCCAAGACAAAAUUGACUGAGACUUGGAUCCCCACUAAGCGUCCAUUCAUCAGAAUACACGCUGACUUCUUUCAUUUCGAUACAAAAACGUUUUUGCUGAUUAUUGAUAGCCAUUCAAAGUGGCUUGAAAUAGAAAUAAUGAGGAAUGGUACUAAUGCAAAGUCAGUCAUAAAAAAGUUUAUAUCCGUUUUUGCAAGGUUUGGCCUACCAGAUGUGGUAGUUACGGAUGGGGGUCCACCCUUCAACUCUAAGGAAUUUAUAAGCUUCUUAGAACAUCAGGGAAUCAAAGUUUUAAAAAGUCCACCUUACAACCCGGCUAGCAAUGGCCAGGCUGAAAGAAUGGUCAGAGUAGUGAAGGAUGUGUUAAAAAAGUUUUUAUUAGAUGAAAAGACAAGGUCUAUGGACAUAGAAGACCGAUUAAACCUUUUUUUAUCAACUAUAGAAAUAGUUGUCUUGGGACGGAAGGAAAGUAUCCUUCAGAGAAUGUGUUUUCCUUUAAACCUAAAAUGUUGGUGGAUUUAAUUAAUCCACGAAGUGCUUACAAGAACUUUCUGGAAAAGUCACCCGAACGCACAGUGAAUGCGGAAUCAGGACCACUUGCGUCUCCUGAUGGGUUUAGCCAACUAGUAGCAGGGGAUGAAUUAUUUUACAAAAACUAUGACAAAAGAGAUUUGCCUAGAUGGUUAGAAGCAAAAUUUAUUAAAAAACUAUCUAAUAAUAUCUUCCAGAUUUCACUAAGUGGACACAAGUUGACGGCACAUCGGAAUCAGUUAAAACUGAUGCACAGACCUAGAAGUCAGGCUAGGGUGAUGUUUAACCUCAACGCAUCUGCAUCUACGAAAAGACGAAGAAGUGUCUCAGUUGAAGACGAUUUCUUUGGAUUCCAAGAUCCCAUCCGAGAUGAGGCAGAUCCACCACCGAAAAAGAAAUAUCUGCAGAUUCGUAGUCCAAUCCUGACCAGAUCCAAGGCUAGCGCAAUCCAAGAUGCGGUCGAAUAAGAUGAGCUGUAAAAUGUCGAAGAAGAAAAGUGAUAAUCGUUGAAACACGAACUCGAAGUCGUUGAACUUAUUGAAAUACGCAAGUAACACUUGCAAUCUGAAAUUUGUUAAAGUAUUAAAAUUCUGUAAUCAUUUUCUAUAAAGGGAAGAAUUGUAAUGUUUGAGAUAAAAAUAUUGAGAGUGUGUUCGGUAAAAUGAAAUGCAGUCGUGGACGAAAAGAGAAUUUAAUAAAGAUUGAUUCGAGCUUGAGCCGUGAUCAAGAGCGGAGGCAAAUGUUAGUCUUUUUAUUUAAACAAUUGAUAGAACCUCUUUACUUAAUAUAUUUGAUUCCUUUUAUCAGUUACAGUCUGUCUAGAUCCAAUUAAGUGAUUAUUAGGAGAAUUUAACAAGAACAUCUGUAAUUUCCGAAAAUACUUCUGUAACGCCUCCGAAAUCCGCUGAAUAUCCUCAGAAUCUUGCUGAAAAGCCUCCGUAAAUUAUCUGAAUCCCCAUCGCACCCUGUAAAGCCUUCUGUUGCCGCAACCACUGUGCAGCGGCAAUCGAUGUACAUAGAUAGUGGAACAACCUGGGUUUCCUUUGUGUAUCGAUGCGCCCAACAGAUCAAUUGUAAUCAAUAUAGACUGUGCAGAAGAGUUACCUUAUAGAAGCACAGUCAGCUCCAUUGUUAGCUCCAAGCGAGUUGGUGAUGUCGUUAUCAAAUUUGGCACGUAGUAAGUGCAAUAAAUAUCAGUUUGCGAUAGCAAUAGUUUCCAAGUCUGUUAUCGUAGUUGCGUAGCAUAUGGAAAAAGACAGAAUUGUAAGUACAUUAUAGAUUAAUUCAUUUAAUGAAAAUUAAUUUCUGCAAAUAUAUUUUAGCUUUAAAGCUGUUCAGUACAACAACUAAAAGACUGUUUCAAUCCACUCCAUCAUCCAUCAAACUACGCCAACAUACUUUAAAGAAUUCUGGACCUGAGUUGGCACCAGAAAUUAAUCUACCACUGCAGGCACAGUGGAACCUACCAGCUAGCAUUCAAAAACCACGUAAGAAAUAGAGGAUUAGUGAUUCACAGUUCGAAUUUGUCACUGCUUCUUCGGGUUGCUCUAGUCGAGCGAGUGCGUAGUCAAGAUUCAGUGCACAGUGGUUCAAAUGUGUUGUGAGUGAUUUACCGAAGUCUGGUAAUCAUCUGCCGAAGUAUGGUCGCUGAUGAAGUCAACAUUAACCGCAGUAGGAGAGAAACUCCACGGGAUUUAUUUGCUUUACAAUGGUUGGAAUUACAACAUUAUUUGCGUUUGAAGGAGAUCAAAGCGGAAGCGGAUUACUAUCGACAAAAGUAUGAGCUACUGAAGCUAAUGGAAAGCGGUAGAAGAAGAAUGAGUCGAAGAAGUGUUAUCACUGACCAGGAAAUACUGGAUUCAGGAUUGUCAGUGAGUCUCAAAUCGGAGUUGGACACACCUACGAAUGUUUUCUCAUGCACGACGGUAGCGAGUAUCUGCAAUUCCGAUAGUACUUCGUCUCCGUCAGCGGUACCAGUUGUACCAAUUAUACCACCUGUUUCUGUAAGGGACACUAGCUCUAGUAUAGCAGUAGAGUUCACGGCAACAGCAACGUAUUUUGCGAAAUUACCACCCGUAAAAUAUAUGGGAACCAUGUUAGUUUUAGUUCAGGCAGUUACAAAUAAAAUACAAUCUCCCGCGGUAUCAUCUUUCAAGAUCUCCUCAAAGAUCAAUUACUCACAGCGUACGGUAGAAAUAUUUUCAGUAUCAGAAAUAGUCAAAGCGAAGUUUGAGAAGAUUACAAGUUUAAGGCUCAAAAGAUAUGUAACAGCAGUAGUAUGUAGAGGGCUCCUAAUCAAUACUCAUUACAGAUAUUGGGAUAUGUUUCAGAAGUUACUUUAUUACACUAACGAUAAUCCGGUUGUUCACGGGGAGGAGGAUGUUGCCGCAACCACUGUGCAGCGGCAAUCGAUGUACAUAGAUAGUGGAACAACCUGGGUUUCCUUUGUGUAUCGAUGCGCCCAACAGAUCAAUUGUAAUCAAUAUAGACUGUGCAGAAGAGUUACCUUAUAGAAGCACAGUCAGCUCCAUUGUUAGCUCCAAGCGAGUUGGUGAUGUCGUUAUCAAAUUUGGCACGUAGUAAGUGAAAUAAAUAUCAGUUUGCGAUAGCAAUAGUUUCCAAGUCUGUUAUCGUAGUUGCGUAGCAUAUGGAAAAAGACAGAAUUGUAAGUACAUUAUAGAUUAAUUCAUUUAAUGAAAAUUAAUUUCUGCAAAUAUAUUUUAGCUUUAAAGCUGUUCAGUACAACAACUAAAAGACUGUUUCAAUCCACUCCAUCAUCCAUCAAACUACGCCAACACCUUCGGAACCCCGAAAAGUUUCUAGGAAAUAUUUUGGCACAGUAAACUCCCUGAAACCCCUUGUAACGAACCUGCGAGCCUACUAAAAAUCCGAAAACGCCCCCGAAACACGCAAAAAAUCCGGAGAAACUUGCUGAAAUGCCAUUAAAAACACUCUGGAACCCUCUCGAACCACCUGAGACCCUCAAAUCCCUUGAAACGCGACUGUAACACCACUGAAAAUCUUCUGAAACUUUCGGACUUCCGUAACAUCUCCGGAAUCCCGUGGAAAUCCUAUGGAACAUCUUGAAAUGCCGCAGAAAACUUCUUGAAACUCAUUAGAACCCCAUGUAACACACCUGAGACCUUCUGGAACCCCCGAAAACGCUCCUGUAUCGCUUCAGGAACUCCCUGAAAAUCUUCUGAAACUUCCUGAAAUGCAUCCAAACACUUCCUGAAACCUCUUCGGACCCUCAUUAGGAAGCAUUAGGAAGUUUCAGAGAAUUUGGUCCUCCCACUCCUGACACUUCCUUGACAGCCAUCUGAAACCCCGUAUUGCCGCCCCCUUCAACUCCUUCGAAACCUUAAAAUCCAUUUGACUUAGGUUAUAAACUGCAUCCAUUUAAGCAAAAAAUAUGUUUAGGCAAUCUUGACUCAUUACCUAGAUGGAGAUUCUAUAGUGAAUGCAUCUUUUUUUUUUUCAUUUAUUUUAUUUUUUCUACAUACACAGUAGAAUAAUGAGCACGAGGAUGAUGAUGUGUGGCUUUUUUCCUUUCACAGCCCGAUUGAGGAACCAUUUAUGAUUGUUCAGAUUUUAUCACCCCUUCCACGCGUCAGAUUUUCAUGUUUCAACUUCCUGCUAUAAUUGGGUUGUUCGAUGAAUAAAACAUUGCGACAUUUUUUCUAUAGACCAAUUAAAAGAGCACAUUUUUCUGAGUACGCCUACCAGUGGCUUUGUUUUGCUGGUCGAAUAAACAAAACAUUUUUAAUUUCCGUGGAUUGAAUGACAGUUCAAACGAAAAAAUGACAAUUAGAACUAAAGGGGUGUGAGUGACAAAAACUCACUUUCGAGUAAAUGAGCAAGGAUGGAAAUCUAGUGAUCAUGACCAGAUCUCGAAUGUGUCGCGGUUGAAAGGCAUCGCGCGAUCAUAGCAACAACGAUAACAUUGUGUCGUCAAGCAUCCUAACAAACUACCGUCCGAGAAGAAUAAUCCGCGCGGCAUGAUGCGAUCGUUAUCAUGAAGUCGAAAUGAUAAAUUCGUAAUUUCAUUCACUUUUUGAGCAUUCUUGCUGCUUUAACUUCCAGAUAUACUUAUGAAUGCAUUAUUUCUAAUCAAUAAUGCGGUUUACGGGUGCAUAAGUGGCAUAAAUUCUGAUGAAUAUAAUUUAUCACGAGUUGUAACAUGAUCCGAUAACGGGUCAUCACGCGAUAAAGCGUGCAUCAGAUCACAGAACAGAUGUGUAUCUUCGAACAAAUGUGAAGUUUCGAGGUGGAAGUCGUGAAAUUGUCACUUGGAAAACUAGAUUGGAAUGAAUUUCCAUGGAAAAAUAAAAAAUCAUCAAAGCGUGCUAUGCCGCCUCACUAUGCUCGCUGCAGGCUAAAGCUUGACUUCCACCACCAGGUUCGCUAGUGUUGAGCUAUCAAACGGGCAGUGCUUUUCGUGACGAAGAUUCACCCCCGUGAUCAGAUGCUUUGAUUGUCUCUGUUAUAUGAGCACGGUGUGAGGCGUCGGGAUCAUGCUACUGCAAGAACAAGGCUAUCUUGGAUUAUUCGUAUCCUGUAUCAUUUAUCGCUGUGAUUUUCUUCCAUCCUUGGUAAAUGAGGUUUAAAGUUUUUCACCAAUUUUUCAUCCCAUACAAAAUGUAUGGAGAUUCAAAAUCAACCCUAUUUUCUCCGAUUUAUUGUAAUUUUUCUGGUCAUCGUAAAAACAAUCUUAAAAAAGUUCCUAAAUGCUUGAAAUCUGAAGAACCCAAAAUCGACAAAAUGGUCACUUACACCCCUUUGAAUCUAGGCCCCUCAACACGAACAAAAAACAAACUUGAAAUGCAUUUUAAAAAUAGUUGCCAGGCUCCCAAAAUGAUAAAGUUUUAGAAUUCGACUUAUUUUUUGAGGGAGUUUUCGAUUAUGAAAUAUUUAAUCUGGAUACCCAUAAAGAACCCAAUUAAAAGUAAAUCUUUCCCCACUUCUUCAAAAUAGAUGUUUUAGGCGUGCUUUGCCGCAGCUUUAAAAAUAUUGAAUGCGCUUAUAUGGAUUUUCUAUAAUGUUUAAACAUAUUUUUGAAAAGCGGAGAUGGUAAAAUCGGAACAUCACGUAUCGUUCGUUGACAUUUAAGCCAUGUGCUCAUAAAAGAGGAUCAGUGCGAGUUGUGCUGGGAAUUUCAUCAGGAUAUUUCACCGGGCAUUUCCCAUUGUGAUUCGUCCGAGAAUUCUAUCUGGAGAUUCUGCCGAUAAUUCCAUCUGGGAAUCAGACCAAAUCCCGCUGGAUAUUCUGCCAGGAAGUCUCUGUGGAGACUUCACCAGGAAUUACCUCUGGAUAUUCCACCAGAAGUUUCGCUGGAGAUUCCGCCAUGAGUUCCCUCUGGCGAUUCCAGCAGCAGUUCCCGCUAAGCAUUCCUCCAGUAGUUACCUGUCCAGGAGUUUCCUCUGAAGAUUUCGUCAGAAAUUCCGCCGGGGAUGCCCUCUGAGGAUUCCUCCAAAAGUUCCCUCUGGGUAUCCCGUCGAGAAUUCCUUAUGAGGGACUCCACCGAGAAUUCGCUCUUGGAAUUUCACCGGUAAUUUCCUAUUGAGAUUUCAUCGGGAAUCCUGUCAGAGAAUUCCACCGAGGAAUUUCGUUUGCGGAUUCCGUCCAAAUCCAUCUGAGGAUUCUGCCGGGAAUUCUGCCUGCGGCUUCUGCCAGAGAUUCCCCCUGGAGAUACCGCCAGGAAUACCCUCAGAGGAUUCCACCAGGAAUUCGCUUUGAAGACUACACCAGAAAUUCUCUCUUGGAGAUUCUAUAGAAGUUCCCUUUGAAGCUUGCUAUAGGAAUUCGUUAUAGGGAAUCCGCUACGAAUUUACUUUGGAGAAACCUUUGAGGAUUUUAUAAAAAGUUACUUUUAGGGAAUCCUUCCAGAGUUCAUUUAAGCUCCCUUUGAAGACGGAUAUUCUCUCUGAAGCUUCCUUUAUAAGGUCGCCUGGAGAUUCUUCCGGAAGUUCGUUUUGAGGAUUCCCCAGAAGAUCCGAUUCCUUCUGCGGAUUCUCCUGGAGCAACUUCUGGAAAAUCUUCCAGGAGUUCUUUCUUGGGAUUUCUCCAAAAGAUUCAUCUGAAGAAUCCUCCAGGAGCUCAUUCUGGGUAUUCCUCCGGGAGCUCCUUCUGGAGGUUCCUUCGGGACUUCUUAUAUCUCUAAGAAUUCCUAGACUUCCGUACAAGAAUUUCUCCAGAAGUUCCCUUUGGAAGAAUUCCCAGAUUGAACUCCUGGAGGAACUCCUGGAGGAAUCUUCAGAAGGAAAUCUUGGAGGAUAUCCUGAAAAGAAACCCAGAUGAUAGCUUCUGGAGACUCCCGGAGAAAUCCCUUUGAAGCAUUUCCCAGAAGCCACUCCGAAAAGAAGUUUUGAAAGGAGUCCUCAAGGAAUCGCUGAACGGAUCUCUACCAUUCAAUCCCUUUUGGGAUUCCUCCAGGAGUUUACAGGAGGAGGAAUCAUCGGAGGGAAUUCCUUUUCCAGGAGGGAAUUCCCGAAGGAAUCCCUGGCGGUAGUUCCGAGAGGAAUCCCCGACAGAAUCCCUAGUGGAAAUUCCCGGUCGAUUCCCUGGAGGGAAUUCCCGGCGGAAUCCCUGGAGGAAAUUCCCGGAGGAAUUUCUGGAGGGAAUUCCCGGAGGAAUCCCUAAAGGGAAUUUCUGGAGGAAUUCUCGAUGGGAAAUCCUUGAAGAAUUUCUCCUGAAAAAAAUCCCAACGGGAACUCUUGAAGGAAUCCCCAGAGGAACUCCUGGAGGAAUCUUCAGAGUGAACUCUUGGAGGAAUCGCCAGAAGAAACUCGUGGAGGAAUACCUAGAAGAAAUUCUUGGAGGAACCCUUUGAAGGAACUCCUUGUACAUUCCUCCUCACUUUACUAGUUCACCAUUUCCUUCCUAGAACUUCCAGAAGUUUCUCCCGGGGAAUUAUGCAGUAGUGAGUGUGUGUUACACACACUAAGAAAAUCUCAAUUUUCAGGGUGACACAAUUGAAGAAAUUGACGUAAAUAACCAUGACACAAACAGAAAUAUGACUUAUUUUUGUGUCGUCUGUGAUGCAAAUGCAAAAAUCAGCAUUGUCGACAUUUGCUGCAAUUUGGACACAUGUUUAAGUGAGCGCCCACAAUAUUCGACCACAAUACAUAAAAUUCUGUUUCAUUCACACUAAAAUUACACGACAAAAAACUUAAUGGAACUCCGCUGUGUUUACCGCGGCUAAAACGUCAAACGCAGUCACUUGAGUUGUUGUGAUUUGUAAAUAUUGUUCCAAAUCAAUUUUUUAUUCAGAUUCGGAGCAAGAAUUGUAAGAAUUGUGAGAUCUUUAGUGAGAUUAGUACGUAGUGCACAAUUAACGUGAAAAAGGCACCAGGAUUCAUCCGCCAGGUACGGCUAGCAGCUAGCAGUGGCAGAAAAUGGAAACAAAUGUGACUCGAGGAAGCAGAAACAUAAUGUUAUGAUCUGAAAAAGUGAGCAAUGCUAUUGAUCCAAAGAUUGUAUUAAGAUCAAAUAUCGACAAGAGUAUGAAUAAAGUGUGUUGAAACGGAA